UAGAGAUUUAGGCCCGUAUUAAUAAAACGAUCUCAACUCCGCUCUCAAGCGCGAUCUCAGGUGAUACGCUCUCAAGAUACAAUCAGCAUCUUAAGAUCGUGGCUAAUUAAUAGACGGUUAUUGAGCUCUACUCACGUGAUACCGAUCUUGAGUGCAGGAUCUCAAGUAAGCGCCAGUUUUGAAUGAAUGAUGAUUGAUUGACCGAACGAGAAAGCGUUUCGUGACUGCUUUUGAUUCACGUAUUUAGUUGAAUACCUACUAUUGAUAAAUUUAUUCUAAUUUAAUGCAUCAUUUUAAUACUUCAAAUACUUACAAAUGUGUUAUUACAUAAAACUACUUUAAUGCUAGUUUAUCUAGUGCGCUAAAACAGUCAUAAAACCAUUUUAUCGUUUUUGAAUUUCGACAAACGAUGAAACAAAACGCAGCGUGUCACUUGCUUGACGCGUCGUACACAAAUCACAAAAGUUUGUUGUUGUUUAUUGUGUUGUUUGUGUUUCCUAUAAAUUUCUAUUUGCAUUCGAAUCAGUAGUACCUAAUGGCGGCUAAAAAGCAUAUUUUUACUCCAAUGGAGAAAAAACACUUUGUGGAAUUAUUAAAAAACUUUACCGGCAUUAUUGAAAAUAAAAAUACGGACGGGGCUACGCUGAGAGAAAAAAACAAUGCCUGGGAAGAGUUGACUAGAGAAUACAAUGCUAGUCCUCAUGCGACCACUCAGGUGACAAACAAGCAACUCAGGCGUCUCUGGAUGAAUAUGAAGCAGCGCCAGAGGGAUGCCCUGACUAGAGAAAGGCAGCAGGGCCAGCGGGUGGCCCUCACUAGAGAGCGGCAGUAUCGCCUUGGCACUGGAGGAGGGCCCUCGAUUUCGGAUGCUGCCAUUGACCCAGAUGUGUCGCAGGUGGCACCAGCUUUAAUAGUAGGGAUCGAAGAUGCUAUGGAUUCCGACACUACUCAAGAAAAUACAUAUGAUCGCAUAUUAAUAGAUUCCCAGCCUGUCUCAGAACCCACAAAUGAAUCCCCCUUCCUUCAUCCAUACCCAACUGUUUCCACAUCCAAUACAGUUGUGGAAUUCGCACUUGUCCACCGUCCUCAGUCACCACCAGCACCUACUCCACUAUCACCACCACCUCCUCAAACUCCACCACCUCCUCAAACUCCACCACCUCCUCAAACUCCAUUACCUGCUCAAACUCCACGACCCGCUCCACCACCACCAUCAGCUGCACAAUCAUUCCAGAAAACUAAAAAUUUAAUAUUGGAAAAUGAAUAUAAGGAAAGACAGAGACGGGCUGAGGAAAUUCACAAGUAUGAAGUAAUAUUGCUUCAGCACAAAAUUAGAGAGGCUAAGGCCAAAGCUGAUCUAGCGGAGCUACAUUUGCGUACAGCAGGUAUGCCUACAGCUAGCGGGAAUGAAUAAAAUAGACUUUUUUUUUAAAUCUUUGUAAUGUGUGUACUGUGUAAUAAUGUAAAUAAAUGAUUAAUUAAGA